UAAACACCGGUUUGACUUCUCGUGGUUCUUCUUCCCGUAAUAAAGAUCACCAAAUGGCGGACAACGCCGGUGAUAGAGGAGGUUUCCGUGGAGGUUUCGGCGAUAGGGGCCGCGGCAGGGGCCGUGGACGCGGCAGAGGCCGUGGACGCGGACGCGGUGCCCGGGGCGGGAAGUCCGAGGACAAGGAAUGGAUUCCAGUCACCAAGCUGGGCCGCCUGGUUAAGGACAUGAAGAUCAAGUCCCUGGAGGAGAUCUACCUGUACUCUCUGCCCAUCAAAGAGUCUGAGAUCAUUGACUUCUUCCUGGCUUCUGGCCUGAAGGACGAGGUGCUCAAGAUCAUGCCUGUCCAGAAGCAGACCAGGGCUGGUCAGCGCACCAGGUUCAAGGCCUUUGUUGCUAUUGGUGACUACAAUGGCCAUGUUGGUCUGGGUGUGAAGUGCUCCAAAGAGGUGGCCACUGCCAUCCGUGGUGCCAUCAUCCUGGCCAAGCUGUCCAUCGUGCCCGUAAGGAGAGGUUAUUGGGGUAAUAAGAUCGGCAAGCCCCACACCGUGCCCUGCAAGGUGACUGGCCGUUGUGGCUCUGUCCUGGUGCGUCUCAUCCCCGCCCCCCGUGGUACUGGCAUCGUGUCCGCUCCCGUUCCCAAGAAGCUGCUCACGAUGGCUGGUAUCGACGAUUGCUACACCUCAGCCAGGGGCUGCACUGCUACCCUCGGCAACUUCGCCAAGGCCACCUUUGAUGCCAUCUCCAAGACUUACAGCUACCUGACCCCUGAUCUGUGGAAGGAGACCGUCUUCACAAAGUCUCCCUACCAGGAGUUCACUGACCAUCUGGCCAAGACCCACACCAGGGUGUCUGUGCAGAGGGAUAACCCUGACAUGCCUCCUGCCUAAAGUUUUUGUACAGUCGUUGAAUAAAACGUUCUGAAACAACA